AGAUAACAAAAAUACUAAAUACCUUCGGCUUUGACAAUGGAUCCUUUAUCAAUGUCAUUCCUUAACACAUUCCUCAAACACCCAGUAUAUCAAUAUAUAUGGUAGGUUCGAAAUAGCAGACAUCUCCCGAGCGAGGAGGUUAUUGUGGAAGACAAGUGUACGUGACAGACAUUACUUCUUUGGUUUUUCUGUGAAGAAUCCAGAGAACGCGUGUAAUCAGAGUAUCUGCAUUUGUAAUCUGCUAACGAUUCUAAGAUCUUUAAUUGGGACGAAGAAGACAGAGUUUCAACGCGACGACGAGGCAAUGUGGUCGCGACGUGCAUUUGUUAGCUGCAAUCUUGAAGAAGGCUAAGUAUUGAUAUAUUUUUACUUUCCGAGACCAAUGGAUACAAUCAUGUAGAGACUAGAGCUAGAAGAAUUCAACUCAGAAGAGGAGAAGAUGACGCCACAUUUUACAACACUGACUCCAGUACGAAAGCGAUGUCUGAUUGUGCUAUUGCUAGUUCUGGUUCCAUGUGCAAUUCUAAAUCUAUUGACGCCGUCGGACAUGCGAGAGGAAGCUAUACUGCAGAACAGCAUUGCCGAGUUGCAAGCCAAGUUGGAGCAUUUGCAUGCCAAAUAUAUUGGCAGCCAGGAGGAAAUAAACUUGCUGUCACAUCAAUUGCUACAACUAAUCGAGAACACUCAUAUUCUGCCCGAUUUACAAUUGCUCAUCAACAAUGGCACCUCCAAUGUCACUAAUAUCAAGUUACCUUCAAUCUACAAUUUUUUGCCUCACUUUCUCAAUGAUCCAAAUAGCCUGCGUCCUGCGUUUGUGCAGAGUAAGGGUAGAUCAGGAGUAAGCAUGGUACUGGGAGUACCAACGGUAAAACGUGAGGUCCAGUCUUAUCUUAUGGCAACCUUGAAAAAUCUAUUGGAUCGUAUGAAUGCUGCAGAGACUGCUGAUACUCUAAUUAUUGUUUUAGUGGCAGAAACAGACAUUGAAUAUGUGACAUAUGUUGCAAAACAAAUUGAAGUUCAAUUUCCAAAUGAAUGUGAAGCUGGCGUAAUCGAUGUGAUAUCACCAUCAUUAUCCUAUUAUCCGGAUUUAUCAAAAUUGCGCGAUACUCUCGGCGAUGAUCAUCAACGUGUCGUGUGGCGGUCCAAACAGAAUCUAGAUUUUGCUUUUCUCAUGUCUUAUGCUCAGACCAAAGGCACAUUUUACGUGCAAUUAGAAGAUGAUAUUUUGGCCAAAAAGAAUUUUAUAACUACGAUGAAAUCCUUUGCACUACAAAAGAUUGGCACAAAGGAAAAUUGGUUUGUUCUCGAUUUCUGUCAACUCGGUUUUAUCGGAAAAUUGUUCAAAUGUGUGGAACUUCCCUGGUUGAUUCAAUUCUUGAUGUUUCAUAAUGAUAAGCCUGUUGAUUGGUUAUUAGAUCAUUUGAUAUCAACAAAAGUUUGCAGUCUUGAUAAAGAUAGUAAACAUUGCAAAAUGGCAAAAGCAGAGUUGUGGGUGCAUUACAAACCUUCUCUCUUCCAACAUAUAGGAACGCACUCCUCCUUAAAGGGAAAGGUACAAAAACUCAAGGACAAGCAAUUUGGCAAGAUAACGCUAUUUUACGCCCAUGAAAAUCCCGAGGCAAUUGUGGAAACUCAAAUAAAGCCUUAUAAACAAUAUACGCUUCAAAAAGCAUACAAAGGCGAAUCAUUUUUCUGGGGCUUGCUACCUCAAUCAGGAGACCACUUAAAGUUUAAGUUUUCACAUCCUAUUUUUAUAAAGAAGUACUUAUUCAGGAGUGGAAAUCCUGAACACCCAUCUGAUAGAUUUUACAAUACAACGGUGGAAGUAUUGUCUGAGAUGUCUCCGUUGUUAGAUAGAAAUAGUAAUGAUGUGACGGAAGAUGGCUAUAUUGUAAUAGGCAAGUUUGAUGUACUUGGAGUUGCCGAAGGAAUUGUAGAUCGAAGAUUGGGCAAAAUAUCAGUCCUCCGUUUAACUAUACAUAGUGAGAGUGAGAACUGGGCUAUUCUAUCUGAGAUUCACAUAGUAGAAGAUCAACCUAGCUGACUAAAAGAUGAGAAUUCUCGAGUAUUAUUUCGGUAUCACUUGCACGGUUAGCGUAAGCGACUGAUUUUAUAAAUGUUUAUUAAUAAUUUAUAUGUAUUUUUUUUUAUUUUGCUAUCAUGUUAUACAUUGAAUGAAUCAGUUAUUAAUUCAAUACCGUCCAAAUCAAUCUAUUACAAAGAAAUGAAUGAUCGA